AUGACAGCUAAGAUAUGCGCGAACAACUCAGCCUGCAUCGAUCCGACGCAGUUUGAUGACGAGGUCCGAAGCCGGAUCAUACCUGUCAUUGACUGCAACACUGCUGUCAAUCGAGUUGAACAAUAUGAAUUCUUCUGUAGGAAGAUUGUGCAGACCAUUUACCAUCCUCACAAGGACUCCGAGCUCCGUGUGACCCGCGGCUGCGGUUGGGUUCGUCACGAGAAGCCCUGCUACAGGGCUGACAACCGUGACCAUCUGGAGACGGUCUGUCAGUGUUCUACUGAUUUCUGCAACAGUGCUGAUUCCAUAAGUCCCACCACUACCACAGCGUUGUUCGUCGCUCUUGCUGUUUGCCUGUAUUAUUAUAGGGUUUAUUAA